AUGACAAUGGGUCAGACGGGGUCAAGUGUAUCCAAGUUGAUAACACAACCAAUUUCAUGGUUUCGUGGGUCGAGGCAAGUCGAUGGAUCAGGUGAACCCGGAGGACUGAUUCCGAAAGGAGCUGCUAUAUUUGUUUUCAAGAGAAAAGGUUCAAUGUUCUUUGAUGAGGAUGGGGAUCUAGCUCAUGAGUUCUACUGUGAAGUCACAGAUCGUCGAACUAACAAGGUUGUCAUGAGGCGCAUUUUGAGCAAUCUUGUUCCACAGGGAGAAGUGGAACUUCCAUAUCCUCGUUUGCAUGGGGAUUUACCUGUGAUCAUGUUUGAUACCUCAAACUUGCAGCUGCAUCCAUCCUCACAUGUUUGA